AUGUCGAAACACUUCGAUGCGAUCGUUGUUGGUGCUGGGAUUUUGGGAAGCUCGACGGCCUACCAUUGCCGAAAAUUGGGGCUAAAGACACUGCAGCUGGAGCAGUACAACCUCGGACACUGGCACGGAAGCUCUCAUGGUAUGUCCAGGAUUACGAGACUAGUGCACGUGGAUGCCCCGUACGUCCCGGUUGUCCAGGAUUCGUAUAAACAAAUUGCUGAAUUUGAGAAGAAGCGAGGCGAGAAGUUGUGGGGAAACACCGGUCUGGUCUGGGUGGCCGACCCCGACACUAUCGACCAUAUUUCAACGACGGCCAAGAAAAGCGGGCUUGAGCACGAGGUUUUUGGGGGAGAAGAGAUUAACCAGCGAUACCCACAAAUGACGUACGAUAACACCUGGAAAGCCCUCUACGACCCAAUGGGCGGGAUGAUCUAUCCGGAGAAGUGGUUGAGGACCUAUCAGGAGGAGUACCGGGCCCUUGGAGGGAUUGUGCACGAGGACGAGACGUUUAUUGAAGUCACUGAGGACGGCGAGAUUACCACAAUCAGAACCAACAAAGACACCUACACCUGCCGGCGGACAAUUCUUUGUGUCGGCACUUGGCUGCAGACCGUUUUUCCGGAUAUUGCCAACCUUACCCAGCUUCAGCCACAACGGGUCUGCGUCGCCUACUGGAAGCCGAAAGACCCGAAGGACUUGCCGCUAUUCAGCCAGGAAAAAAUGCCGGUGGUCAUCAUCGAAGAUCGAAGGACUGGCGAAGAGGCUUUUGCCCUUCCGACUAGGGACUAUCCGGAUGCGAUUAAGUACUGCAAAUACUUCGGCGACGCCUUCAACAUCGGGGAUGCCGAGAAGGAUCCGGAAUCUGUUAACCUGGAAGAGCCAAGGAAACAUUUGAGCCAGCACUUCCCUCAAAUCGACGCUACCGAGCCGGCCCAUGUUGACAAGUGUAAAUAUACGGUAUCCGCGGAUCACCACUACAUCUUUGAUUGGCAUCCGAAGUUCAACAACGUGCUCGUUGGAAGUGGAUGCUGCGGGAGUGGAUUUAAGGUAUCCCCCGGCUUUGGUCGAGCAUUGGCACACCUCCUCGCCGGUCAAGAGUCUCCAUUUGACCUCUCCAUGUUCAGCCUGAAACGAUUCACGGAUGGAAGUGUGAAGAAGCAU